GAAGUCGAAGAAACCAUCAAGCGACUCGCGGGCCACAAAGGUGUCGAGGGCGUCGUCAUCGUGAAUAUGGAAGGCAUUCCCAUCCGGACGACCCUCGACAACGAAAAGACCGUCCAGUACGCCGCGCUCAUCACCCAGCUCUCCUCCAAGGCCCGCAGUGUCGUUCGCGACUUGGAUCCUCAGAAUGAUCUCACGUUUUUGAGAAUCCGAUCAAAAAAACACGAAAUCAUGGUCGCUCCGGAUAAAGAGUAUAUAUUGAUAGUAUUACAGAAUCCACAUCCAUAG